UGAAAGCCAAAAGCAAUAAUAUAGUGACCAGAAAGAUGAGAGUUUGUGAAGUGCUACGUAUGAAUGGAGGGAUUGGAGAUUCAAGUUAUUCCAAAAACUCUAUAAUCCCGAAAAAGGCGUUGAGUUUGACGAUGCCAAUAAUAGAGAAAGUCGUGACAACUAUGUACACCAAACUCAGGCCACGCACGGUCUCCAUCGCCGACCUCGGCUGCUCUUCUGGAACAAAUGCUUUUGGGGCAGUCUCCGGGAUCAUGAAAGCCAUAGACUGUGUCCGAAAGAAGCUCCGGCUUCAAUCGCCGGAAUAUAACAUAUACUUGAACGACCUUCCGGGCAACGACUUCAACGCCAUAUUCGGAUCAUGGCCUCAGCAUUUACAAGACUUGAAGAAAGAGAUGGGAGAAGGGUUUGAUGGAGAAUGUUUCUGCAAUGGAGUUCCUGGAUCCUUUUAUGAGAGGCUCUUUCCUACCAAUUCUCUGCAUUUCGUUCAUUCUUCUUAUAGUCUCAUGUGGCUAUCUCAGGUACCAAGAGGAGCAGAGGAGAAUAAAAGGAACAUUUACUUGGCACCAAACACCCCGCCUUGUGUGGUUAAAGCAUACUACGAGCAAUUUGAAAGAGAUUUUGAGACAUUUUUAAAGUGUAGGGCCAAGGAGUUAGUGACUGGUGGGGCUAUGGUUUUAACGAUUUUAGGCAGGAUAAGUGAAGACCCAUGCAGCAGAGAAGGUUGUCAUAUUUGGGAACUCUUAGGAUUGGCCCUCAGUGAUCUUGUUGAACAGGUAUUUUUGAAAUGAGGUGUUUCUUCCUUCUAGUUUUUAUUAGUUUGUUGCUCAUAAGUACUCCCUCUGUCCAGAAAUAAAGUUUUCGUUCUAUGUUACGAUGGUUGAUUGAAGUUUAAAAAAAUGAAAACUACAUAUUUAAAAACUAGAUGAGAAGAUUUACAAAACUAGAUGUGACAUGACAAUAUUAUUUUAUCAAAUAACACACGAAAAUAGGCCAACAAAGUAAAUAAAGUUUGAUCCUGUGAAUAGUGUGUGAAAACUUUAUUGUUGGACAGAGGAAGAGUUUUUAACUUAUAAGUUGUUUUUAAAUUGAAUGUUCUUUCGUAGAAGUAAAAUGUCUUAAAUGAGAGAUAUGUCAUUUGGGAAUAUCCAUAAAAGGUGGAGAUCAUUUUAUAAUUAAUUUGGUCAAAAUGGAGAAACGAAAAAAAUUAAUUAAAAAUAAGAAGUUAGUCCUACUUAUUUUUUGACUUAUAAGCGCUUAUAAGCACAUUGAAAUAUGUCAUAAUUAACUUAGAAGUUAAAAACAAUUUAUAAACACUUUUGACCAGCUUAUAAGCACACAGAGAAACACCCACAAAACUAAACUUUAGAUAUCAUU